UUUUAAAAAGCAGAGUCAGUCAGGUUCAGUGCUGCUGUGAGUGAGUGUGUAGUGUUUGUGUUUUGUGUGUGAGGAAACAGUGUGGUUAGAGUUGUCGGCUCAGAGGUGUCAGAGCUGAAACACUUCCUCAUCCUUCUUUACUCUCAUCACUCCGACCUGCAGUGAACACCAACGGCUCACAGUCCACCUCAGAGCAGACUGACCUCAUGUGACACACUGACUCACGUCGUCUUCUCUAACUUGAUAUAAGACUCCUUUCUCAGGAAAACUACUUGUGUGAAGUUUGUGUGUGACGUUGAGAAGCACUGGGGGAAUGUGAAAACUGAUGACUUUAAUUUCAGGUGUGGAGCAAGUCCUUCUCCCUCCUGAAUGAUGCCUCGCUCUUUCUUGGUGAAGCGCGGAGGGCUGCACCACCCUCGGCCCGCAGCAGGAAGCCCCAGCCCAGGAUCAACCCCAGUAACGUUCAGCCAGCUAAAAAGAAAGAUGGGGUCCUGGAACACAUCUCUGGAUUACUCCACAGCAGAAGCACCAUAUAUCAACACGGUGUCCAUCACAUUAUUGCAGCAGGACCUUCCUGCUACCAGUCCCUCUGAUUGGAGUGGGAACCUUCAGCCACUGAGUCCCAAAUCUUAUGACUGUAGACCUGCUCAGCCCUUCAGUCCUGUCAACUCAAACACCAUUAGCCCCGUGGAGAAAGUCAACUCAGGCCCUCCCACAUCAGCGGUAUGGUCCAGACCUCAUGUGAGCUCAGGAUAUCCAGACAAACUUUCAGCGGGACUGGGAGACUUGACUCAGCACCCUCAGAUCCUGAGGGAGACCAGGAGUAGUGGCUGCUCGAAGAUCAGUGCUCCGAGACAAGAGUGUCCAGUCUGUAGCAAAAUGUUUUCAUGUCUGUCUAGUUUGAAGACUCACAUAUGCAAGAGUCAUGGAAGCAGAGUGUCAUCAGCACACAUCAAGUCCAGCAGGACAAAUACUGCGCAGUCACCAUGCAGGGGCAAGGAGAGGACGUUUGGCUGUACGGUGUGCGGGAAAGUGUUCAAGCGCUCCUCCACCCUCUCCACUCAUCUGCUCAUACAUUCGGACACUCGGCCGUAUCCCUGCCAGUACUGUGGCAAGAGGUUCCACCAGAAGUCUGACAUGAAGAAACACACCUUCAUACACACCGGAGAGAAGCCCCAUGUGUGUCAGAUAUGUGGGAAGGCAUUCAGCCAGAGCUCCAACCUCAUCACCCACAGCCGCAAACACAGGGACGACCGGCCCUACCGCUGCCCUCGCUGCCUCUACAGCUUCCAGCACAAAGGGGACCUGCGGCAGCACCAGGAGCAGCACUGCACCUACCGCUGACUCUGACAACAGCAGAGUCAUCGUCUUCAGCCUUUUGCAAUAAGCGGUGGAAACACCUUCAGGAGAGAAAGCUACUGACUGUGUUGUUUUUAAUGACCAUGUCAAAUCUUUUAUCCAAAGCUAUAGUAGUUUUACAUUUAGAUUUAAGUCUUUUAGGACAUUGAGGAAAGAAAGAUACUGUUCUUACCCUGUGCACAGGUUUCCAGUGCAGUAAUGGGAGAUUAUUUCACCGCUCUUGCAGCAAAACAAAACUUGGAAGCAGUGGUUGACUGUAAUCUACUGUGUACUUCUUGAGUUGUAAAAAUACUAGUACUAGCCUACUAACUAUUCUCUCAUGUGUUUUGUAUAAAUAUACAAGAGGUUCACGGUUA